GACCGCUUGUCGCGUUUUGAGUGUUUCCUUAUCUGUCCAAUGGUACUCACUGCUUUGACUUCCUCAAUCCUUCAAGUUCCAUCGCAUCAGCUUUCUACUCGGAGCCAUCCACACUCCCGGAAAGGCACUAGCCUGCCGUUUCGUUUUAUUGCGAACUGGUACUUGGUGUGCAUCGCUCAGUUCCAUUAGGACCGAAUUCCUGACCAGUAGAACUUGCGUCACUAGUCAUCACCUUAUAACACUGACACAUGAGUGACGGCGACCGACCUUCAUGAUUUACAAGCUGAAUGCGAUAUAGCGCAACUCAUGCUCCACUGCCAUGCCAGUUACGAACGUUGCAGAGGACAGAGUUGGACGCUUACUACAUGGCUCGUGGCGCUAGCUGCUAGUAAUCACUAGUUCGGAUUCUGAUAGGUCGAGGGACAGGCACUACUGACGAGCCUUGCUAGGACGAAACGACCGUCUGCUACUUCAGGGAGUAUGUAUAACUCCCUGUCCUUAAACCUGCGAUAAGGAAUCUUUGGUUAACUACAUCAGCAAAUCCUGUAUCCACGAGUAUUCCUCAAUUCUUUUGGACCAACACUGUUCAGUUAUCUGCUUUCUUCGAUUACACAAAUGUCCUCAAUGUGAUGCUUCCUAUUUUAGCUAGUUAUUACUGGGCACAAAUGGCCUCUAGUCGAGGUUUCGCUUCCGGUUUACUCGACUUCCUUCUUGCUCCCUUGCGCUUAUGGCAUAUGCACAAUCGCUUGAUUCAACUGAAUCCCGGUGAAAAACAUUUGAGGAAUGUUCAGAAACAUCGCUUGGAACACGCUCGUCGUAUGCAGCUGAGAGAAAAAAUGAGAGAAUCCGGUUACAGCUCACACGCACCCUCACCACCGAUAUCAACCCCCACUGACCUCGUCGAUUCCGAUGGUCUGUUUCAGCCAUUAGUGCGCAUGUGGCUCAUCAAUGUUGGACUGAUACUGCUAUUGGCGAUUCCAUCCUACACCAUUUCGUUUUUCCACGCUCAAGAGUAUCAAACCCAUUGGAUGACCACCUUUACCGUGUUCACUGUGCUCUCACGAAUUGUCUCCGGUGUGCUUCACUUUGGCCUUCCUCUCUUCAUGGAACUGGUUAACACACUGUAUCUCAAGAAAAUCUGCGAUCGGAUUUCACUUUUACGCGAAGAUACUUCACGAGAACUGCCACCAACGUUUGAGGCCUCGACCACAGCCAUCUCCCCAUUGGGUGCUACGAUUAUGGACAGAGUCUACGCUUUGAUUUUCUUCCUGUUGUUCCAAGUGCAGUGGACCGUCAUUUGUAGCCUCUCCUCUUCCUUCAGGAUCAGUCAGGUGAUCAAAAUCUUCUCUGUGGCGUUUAUGUAUGCCUGCUACGCGAUUGAAUAUCGCUGGCGUCAAGUUCCUGGCCGCACGUUUGAAGGAUUUCUGGUACAUAUUCUGGAUCAUUGGACCUACUUCAUUGGUUACGGAUUCUUCGUCGGUUUGGGAUACGAACGAUGGCCUGAUUUUAUAGGCUGUGGCGGCAUGUUCCUAGCGUUCACCUACCCUAUAUUGGUUAUCGGUGCAUUGAGCUCUCAUCAUCCCACCCGAUCAACAAAUCAUGAUCGAGUCAUAUGGCUUGAAGAGAAGCUAUCACGUCUGUUUCGUUUUCCUUUGGUAUUAUCCAUGCACCCUGCUCUGUUUUUCACCAAUUUGAUCGUUCGUGGAUGCGUUGGAGUGGCCUAUCAGCUGUGGUUCUGAUGGAUCUGGACGCCCAUUGCUACCCCUCUUUUUGUCCCACUGCACGCAAACAAAAGCGUCCAAUUCAUCUCUCCACAGAUUUACUUCCCUUUCCCUAUUCUCCUUGUGCUUUUGACUGACCUCAUUAUUUCCAUUGUCAGUUUUCGGCAAUGUUCCAUGUUCUUUCCUCCGGAGAAACAUUAUGCAAAUAAACGAACUUCUGCUUCUCAAA